AUGGAGGACUCACAAGAAGGGGACGGAGACAGCGGGCUCGUGAAUUGGGAGUUUCUGGAGCUUUUUAAUGGCGUUAUUGAUGGGAAGGAUCUGCCGAUUAGAGUGGAGAAGACGGUACUUGAGUUGGAUCCGUGCUCUAUCAUUUAUCGUCCGCCGUCGAGACAAGAAUGUCUCAGGCUUCGCUUGACUUCCGAGGGCUUGUGGUCGGAAAAACCGUGUCUUGGAACAUGGCCACUAUCGCACACGAAGCAAGCGCGCCUAUCUUGGCUGAGGGCUGCAGCCAGAGUGUGCCUGCCUCGUCGUGAAUGGCCUGGUGCUCUUGGUACUCACCGGAAUUUGGUGCAUCUCGGGUGUCCUCGAAUCUCCUCGCCUGAAAUUGGGUUUUUUGGUGCUCGUGGAUCGCCGGCUCGCACGACUUGCUCGUUGCCGAAAAAUUGGUGGCCUCCUUCUUGUUGA